AUGAGGCGUAUUACCAACAAUAACGUCAACAAAUGUUCCAUAAGUUGGGUUGGUAAACAAUGUGAACCUCAUGUUGAGCGAUCUUUUAAAACGAGACCAGCGGUGUUCUACAGUAAAUGUUUUUAUGGCGCUUUGACUUUGGAAGUCGGAAGCUAUGUUCUCGUCUCAAACAUGGACAACCCAGAACCGGACUCCGUUUCCGGCAGUGAUAUAGCUCGGAUUGAAUAUAUGUAUGAAAUACUAGUUGAUGAUCCGAAGGUCGAUGCAUGUAGGGCAAUCGUGCAGUGGUAUUCUCGCCCCGCGUCAUUACCAGCAAAAGUAAUAUCUAACGAAAAUUAUGCAAUCGAUUCUAAUUUUGAAAUAGUUGAGGAUUGUCGGUUUAGUCCAGAUAUUGCAAUUGAAUCUAUUAAUGGAUUAUGCUGUGUUAAAAUCGUGGAAACUAAAAGCAUUGCCUCGGAUGUAAUUAAAAAUAUUACAAGUAAAUUCCCGGCUUUUAUCGCACGCUACAGAUUGUCACACCAACCAGGCAGUAAAAAAAUGCAUUUGGAACCUUUGAAGGCGGUUCGAAAGGAAACUUUGCCGGACCGACGUAGUUCGAUGGUUGAUAAAUCCCAUCAUCUAAACAUAAAAGAUGAUAUUCCAAAUACUCCGAAACGUAAAAUAGAUAAAUUAAAAUCUACUGAGCCUAAUAGUAUAGAUCAUUUCAGUAAUCGUGAAACAGCUGUACCUCAAAAAUUGAUGGAGCAGAAAAAAUGGGUUAUUAAAACAAUAGUAGAUACAAAUAAUACGUAUAAAAGCAAACUUGAGAAAGUCACUGAAGGAAUAUGUGAUGUAGCAAUUAGUGACGACGAGAAGAUUUCUCCUUCAAAAAUUGCCAAGUUGCACAGCGCCAAGCGCAAAACCCAAAGUUUUAGAAAAAACUUGAACGCCAGUUUUCAUUGCGAUUCGGCCACGUCUUCGGACGCUGAAAUACUAAAUUAUUCUAUUGUGAAAGAUGAUGUAGUCAAUACGCCUGAGAUAAAGAUAAAGUUUCGAUUAUCGGAAAGUCAAAAAACGGCGGCCGAUACAUCUACUGGUCGGUCUAGUAGAAAAAGGUCAACUUGUGAAAAAAAUGAUACAACAGACAACGAAACAUCUCCCAGAAAAUGUAGGAAGUCUUCUUCAAACGAUGGUGAAAUUGGAACGACUCCGACUGUACGGCCGAGGCGCAAAAGUAUCUUGAAAACACCAAGUUACAAAGCAGUGGAUAAUGCCGGAACACCUAAACGCAACAUACAGCUUUCAAACAUUGUGGAAGAAUUUUCAAACGGGAGACGAACUUCGAAAAAAGUUGAUACAACCCCUACAAAACUUAGUCCAACAGAAAAUUCGGAAAAAAUGCGCUCUAGAGGACGUAAAUCUUUGAAUGAUACAGACAAAAACACUCCAAAAAGUUCAAGUAAACUGAAAUUAAUUCGAGCCGGCACUAUAAAACCGAAUAUUCAUAGUCGUGAUUUGCCAGUUAUAGAACCAUUAGAUGAUAAUCUGGCAGUUGUGCGAGAAAGAUUGCACGUAUCAACUGUUCCAGAAAGUCUGCCAUGUCGAGAGAAAGAAUACGCCGAAAUUUAUAACUUUUUAGAAGGAAAAAUAAUUGACAGAUGCGGUGGCUGUAUGUAUAUAUCAGGUGUUCCAGGUACUGGGAAAACAGCUACAACCACUGCCGUUAUACGUGCUCUUCAAUUACAGGCUGAAGAAGAAGAAAUUCCACAAUUUGAAUACAUAGAAAUUAAUGGAAUGCGAUUGACGGAGCCACGUCAAGCAUAUGUGCAUAUAUAUCGUCAACUCACAGGAAAAACAUUAGCCUGGGAGCAAGCUUAUAAUUUACUGGAUAAACGUUUCACCACUAAAUCUCCACGACGUAUCACCACAAUUCUUCUGGUUGACGAGCUUGAUAUUCUUUGUAAUAAACGUCAAGAUGUUGUAUAUAAUUUGUUGAACUGGCCAACCGCAAUAACCGCUCACUUAGUAGUUAUAACAAUUGCCAACACUAUGGAUCUUCCAGAGCGUUUACUUAUGGGAAAGAUUUCAUCUCGUUUAGGUCUUACGCGUCUUACUUUUCAACCAUAUAACUUUCGACAGUUACAGGAAAUAGUAAUGGCUCGUCUUUUGGGAAUGUCAUCUUUUGAUUCCGAUGCAAUUCAAUUAGUAGCACGAAAGGUGGCUGCCGUUUCGGGUGACGCCCGUCGAGCACUCGAUAUUUGUCGUCGGGCAACAGAAUUUGCCGAUGAUCAUUCAAUAAAGAGCAGACAACGUGUCAGCGUUUCAAUGAUCCAUGUACAGCAGGCUCUAGGAGAGAUGAUUUCUAGUGCCAAAGUGCAAACUAUUAAAAGUUGUUCUAGAAUGGAGCAGUUAUUCCUGCAAGCCGUUACUGCUGAGGUCGCUCGCACAGGAAUUGAAGAAUGUAGUUUUCUCGGAGUUUACUCGCAAUUUGAGUCGUUGGCUGCCUUUGCUGGUGUACCGCUACCUAAUCCCGGAAGAGCAAUUUCCAUUUGCAAUCGUUUGGGAAUCUGUCGAUUGCUAAUUUGUGAAAGUUCUCGAAAUGAUAUUUAUCAAAAAAUACUACUUAAUAUUAGUUCCGAUGACGUACAUUAUGCACUUCAAGCUAGUAAUCUGAUUUAA